GCCGCCCGCGCGCCGCCGCCAUGAAGCGGGCGCAUCCCGAAUACAGCUCGUCGGACAGCGAGGAGCUGGACGAGGCCGUGGAGGUGGAGAAGGAGAGCGCGGACGAGAACGGGAACCUGAGCUCGACCGCGGGCUCUGCGUCGCCGUCAGCCACCUCGCAGAUCCUGGCCAGGAAGCGGCGCCGAGGGAUCAUAGAGAAGCGCCGCCGCGACCGCAUCAACAACAGCCUGUCCGAGCUGCGCCGGCUGGUGCCCAGCGCCUUCGAAAAGCAGGGAUCGGCCAAGCUGGAGAAAGCCGAAAUCCUGCAGAUGACUGUGGAUCACCUGAAGAUGCUGCACACGGCCGGAGGAAAAGGUUAUUUCGAUGCUCAUGCCUUGGCUAUGGACUACCGCAGUCUCGGGUUCCGAGAGUGCCUGGCUGAAGUUGCUCGAUACCUGAGCAUUAUAGAGGGCCUGGAUGCCUCUGACCCGCUGCGGGUCCGACUCGUGUCUCACCUCAAUAACUACGCCUCUCAGCGGGAAGCAGCAAGCGGUGCGCAUGCUGGCAUUGGACACAUUCCUUGGGGCAACGCCUUUGGACAUCACCCUCACAUAUCUCACCCAUUGCUGCUGCCUCAGAAUGGGCCCGGCAAUACCAGUACUCCAGUGUCUUCCUCAGAACCGCAUCACCAGGGCAGAAUUGCCGCCUCACAUGCUGAAACUUCCUCACUCAGAGUGCCCCCAAAUGGCAGCGUCGGACCAGUGCUCCCCGUGGUCACAUCUACUACCAAACUGUCUCCUCCUCUUCUCUCCUCCAUGGCGUCGCUGUCUGCGUUCCCCUUUUCGUUUGGCUCGUUCCAUCUCCUGUCCCCCAAUAUGCUGAGCCCGUCUGCACCAACACAAUCAGCAAACCUCGGCAAACCAUACAGACCAUGGGGGACUGAGAUUGGAGCCUUCUAAGAACUAACUCUUUAGUAAGGGUGGGGAAGCCUGCAAACCUAGCUGAGCUGGGUUAUGCCACUCUUAACAUUGAAGUUCUUAAUAACUGGGACAAAGGUACAGCUUCACCUUAACUAAAUUUGUCUAGAAACUGUCUCUUUGGAUUUUUUUUUGUUUCUUUUUUGUUGUUGUUUUCUACAUUUUUGUAUUAGCGGGAUUUUUUUUUUUUUUUUUUUUAAUAGUUGUCUGAAAAUAAAGUUAACAAUAGUGGAUGUUAACCCUUGUGUUAGAUCUGUGCUGAACACUGAAAUCAAUUUUGUAACAGCUCGUUUCGAAUGUUCCGUUUUUCCUGAGUACAUCCGACUGCCUUUUUGUGAAGAGGUAUCGCCUAUUAUUGUUAGCUACAGCCUAAUUUAGUUAUUAAUUUUUCCAAGACCACUCUUCUUAACAAGCUGUGUUUUUGUUAAUAUUUUGACACUGAGAUGUUCUAUAAGGAAUUACUGUUUUUGUAAACUAUAUAGGAGUCUUAUAUUUCUGAACAAAGCGUUGACAAAUCAGAUGGACCAGCUUGACCAGCUUUAUCUACGAGCCCAGUUUCUAUUUCUUCUGCUGUGAUUUGGUAUAUUUGGAGGUCUUAUUCUAGUCCCUAGUGGGUGUUUCUUUGCAUCACAGAAUCACUGCAUUAUUUCUUCCACCCAAAGGAGCAGUAUGUGCUUUAGUGCAGACUUUAGAAUGGGGAGGGUGCAAAAGCAAAAUUAGAAACUACAGUUGGUGGUGAGUUUCAUUGCUAGAGAUGUGGAAAAUUUGUUACCCACAGUAGCCUUCCAGCAUGUUCAACUUACAGGGCCAGAUUCUGCUCUGAGUUACAGUAGAGCAAUUGCUGUGUUACUGGUAUUCUUGGUUAAGUGAAAGCAGAUUCUUUCUCUUUGUGAGCUUCAAAUCUGCACCUGAAACAAAUUAUGCUGGUAUUUAGAUAUCCAAUGGAAUGGUACAGUGGGAACCUGUUCAGUGCACGACUUCGUUGCUUAACAAAUGUAUCCUAACUGGUGCAUUUUUUUGUUGUUGUUUUUGCAUUUUGCUUUUAGGGGCAGUUCAGUGCUACUCCUCAUUUUGCAAGGGCUCUGCUGCAUUCUCGUGUGCGUGAGUGUGUGUGCGUAUGUGUAUACAUGUAUAUUUUGUUUGAUUUCAUGAGAAUCUUAAUCUGAACAGGUUUAUCUAGUGAGUUCCACUGGACUAGGUUUGACUGCUCUUGUAUUUGUGUUGUGGUUAAAUAAAGGAGAAAGAACAACGCAUUUUAAAUGA